AUGGACGACUUCGACAACGACGCCAUGGCUCAGGCCAUGGGCUUUGCCUCAUUUGGCGCACAGAAACCCCCCUCCUCGAAACGCCGCAAGUUCAACCCCGCCGCCGAUGCCGUCGUCGCGGCCCCAGAACUCAGCAUACCUGCCCACAAACCACCGCCGUCGUCGGCUGCCAACGCUGUACCUCUGGGCAUCCGACCUCGUGCUACCAAUGCGGACGAGAUAGACCUCGGCGAUGAUGACGAUGAUGAGCACAACGACGAGACAUCGGCGCCCACCACCACCACCACCACCACCAACACAACGUCUGAGAACGCGAGCGAGGCUGCAACGGCAGUUAGUGGGACUGGCCUGGACAGCACUGGACACAGCCACAGCACGUGGGCCCGUCGCGGUGGUGGCGGCACUCGGGGUCGCACCGGUCAACCAGCGAAACCCAACUGGUGGGCCGACUACUACGAUCCGAGCUCAAACAUCAACCCUUGGGAACGCCUCGAGCGGGAGCGUGGACUACAACCGAGGGGUCCAUGGAUGACCUGGGAGGAGGCCAAGUCGAAGGCGUGA